CUCGGCUUUGGUCGAUAUUAAAAUGGGACAUAAAUAUACAACAUUAAAAGACCAUCCAAUACUCGCUGAUCUAUUACCAGUGCAACAUGUUGCUGUUUGACACUUGUUGAUCAAGCGCUAGGAACUGUCGUCUGCUUUUCUGGAUACGGCUAGCAGUUUCUCCUGUGGCUGUCGGUUUUAAUAAGUUUCACCUGAAAGAGAAAAAGUAACAGUAAAAUAGCGUAUGUUGUUUAAAGGUAAACUUUAAAAACAAAAAAUUCUAAAGAAGAUUCUGCGUCUUUAAAACAAAACCAUUAAGAAGAAAACAUUUUUUAAAAAUCACUAAAUUGGUUCCAGAAUUCAGGAUUCAAGUGUUGAAAGCAAUUUCCAAAAGGAUGUUGCAACUGUUUUAGAGGUUCUUGAGACGGACAAAAUAUUAUUCACCGGGGAAAAAAAAAAGGAAACUACAGAUUUUCGUGUACAAGUAAAAUUGUCAGAAUGGUGGAACAUUUCUGCGUACAGAGAAAUCUGACGAUGGAACCGGACCGACGACUUCUCGGUGAACUCUUCACCGAUUCCUCCUUCGUCCAGCCUGACCUUCAUCUCGCGUCCUUCAACUCGGCGGCGGCAUACCCGGGGGAGGCCCACGUCGCAGGGUACCCGGAUGACGAGUGGCACCACGUGCCGGACCCGGCCCUGGCUUACUACCCGACCAUGGAGGGGGAACUACCGUCGGUGCACAUGUACCCGGGGGUGCAGUCCACCCACUGUUCCAUGCCGCAGUGGCACCCUCCCCACGAGACGAUGUCGACGAUGCCGGCUAUGCUGGGGAUGGAGUUUUCCCGCCAGGACAGCUCGAGCGAGAAGCACGGAGGUAAGACGAAACGAAGGCGAGUCCAGACGCCAUCGCAACGGAAGGCCGCAAACGUUCGGGAGCGGAAGCGGAUGUUCCACUUAAACGAGGCUUUCGACGCCCUGCGAACGAGACUUCCGGCGUUCAAUUACGAAAAGAAGCUCUCGAGGAUAGAGACUCUCAAACUUGCUAUGACGUACAUCAGUUUCAUGAAGGAGGUCACCACUGGGAAGGAUCCAAGAGAUAUUGUACUUAAGAAAUAUGAGGACGGCAUGUCGGACAGUUACUGUGCCAGCCCCAAUAAUGUGAAUGCUGACUUUUCCGAAAAUGAAGAUUCAGGAUAAGAGUUAUGUGCCUUAGAUACACUUCACUGACAAAAAAAACCCCAGUUAUACAGUAUUUUCGGGAUUUUUAUUUCACACUUUAUGUGGGAGUUAUAUUCCAUUUGUUUUUAUUUAGGAAUGUAGGCGUGUAUUUUGAACACAGAUUAUAAUCGUAAAAGAUGGCCAAUAAUUUGUUUGCUGAAAACUAGUCUGAUGUUACUGAACCGGUGAACUUUCAUCCAUGUGGUAAAUUCGAGGAGAAGAAGAAGAAGGACAGUAUGUUGUUAUUAAAGGAGUUCACACUAGUUAUAUGGAAGUGUAAAUUAAUGUUUCUUUUGUUUAACGACACCACUAGAGCACAUUGACUAAUUAACCUUCGUCUACUGGAUGUCAAACAUUUGGUAAUUCCGACACGUAGUCUUCAGAGGAAACCCGCUACAUUUGUUUUAUUAUAGCAAGGAAUCUUUUAUAUGCACUUUGCCACAUGCAGGACAGUACAUACCACAAAUGUUUGAUAUACCAGAGAAUAGGUCCUCUGUGAGUUUGAUCCGACGACAAAAGUACCUCAUACGAGCGCUCUACCUACUAAGCUCGAACCCGCCCCUUGGAAUGAUAAAAUUGUUUUAGUUUUAGCACCUUUAAUACGGUUGAAUUACACGUCACUUAACAGCGUCUUUCUUAAUUCUUCAAUCUUGGCAAAUCCUGUGUGAUUCUGUUCCUCCGCAUCUUUGUGAAACUCUCAUACUGCAUUUAAUACGAAAUGAAAAAGACACGUACCUCCGAAACUAGGGUCGGCUUCUUUAAUUAAAAUACUGAAUUGAUUUAAAUUUAGAAGACUGUUUGUGAUUCCAUGGGAGGAAGUAUUGUUUGAAUUCUUCUUUUACGUUGACAUCAAAGUGUCUACCUUUGUGGAAGUCAGUAUAUAAGGCAAAGACCGCCAUUGUGAUCUGGACAAUGAGAGAAAAAAGAGAGAGACUGAUUUCAUGAAAUGUUUCGUAUGCUGCGAUCACGGAAUAAACUAAAAACUGUUCUGAGAAAUAGUUAAACGAUUGAAAAAGAUUGGUAAUGUUAAUAUGUAUAUUAGUUUGACAUUUAUUUUAUACUUUUCUGUGCAAAUUGGUCCAGAUCCAAUAUGGUGGUAUUCACAAAUGUGCCUUACGUAGACGUCUUCCAAAUUCAGAUCGUUCAGCACGUGUGUGGUUUGAAUUUUUUUUACGGAGCUUAACAAUUUGCACGCACAGGCCGAUGAAGUGCAAUAUUGUUGGUGAACAUUUUUAUUUUUAUAUGACAUUUUAGUACUCGUAUCUCGCGUACUGUAACACUGCCUGUACAGCAGAUUUUUUUUUUUUUUUUUUUUUUUUUUUUUUUUUUGCUUUGUAUUUCACAUUAAAAACUGUUUAUUUGUACAUACGAUUUUAUUGACUGUAAAUAAAUGAUUGUUUUCCACCAACCAUUGACUUUCUUGCCUUUCUUGUCGCUGAUCAGAGACGGAUCUAGGGGGUGGGCAGGGGCUCGGACCCCCUAAAUGUUGCGAUAGUUAUAAUUGUAUUAUACUAGUAUAUUAAUUUUAACUUUUUUUACGAUCUUUCUCCAUACCUCCCCCAAAGUUCCCUUGGCAUUCCACCUCAUGUCACUGCCGCCCCCCCCCCCCUCCCAAAUGGAUUUUCUGGAUCCGCCAUUGCUGAUAAAUAAGUGCACCUUUAGCGCAGAUCCACUUUUUUGACAUAUUUUAAUGUUCAUUCAGAACAUGCAUGUAGACCCACCCCCUGCAAAAAAUACAGGAUGGCGCCUUGUUGUUUACGUUUACAAUAAUUUUAUGUUGUUUUAAGAAUAGUAUUUUUGCUUCUUCUUUUUUUUUUUUUUUUUUUUUUUUUGAAGUUUAACUUUUUUAGUUGUAGACAAAUCUUUAACAUAUAAUCAUUACUGUAAUAAGAUAUGAAUGCCUAUGGUUAGGAUUUAAGAAAAAUGCUAUUUGCAAUUACAACUUCAAUUAGUUUAGACAACUAAAAUCGGCGAAUAUUAAAAUAAUGCCUUAUGGUAUGCGCGAACAUCCUUGAAAUAUUUAGCAUUGGUAUUUCUUGAAUCAAAUCAUGUUAUAUUUAGGUUUUUGCAACAACAAACAAGAAGAAAACAAAAACAGAACAAAUACAAUAUUUAGAGUAUAUUAUAAAUAUUAAAGAUGAAUAAUUCAUUCUGGUUCUAGUAGAAUUAAUAAAAACAAUGAAUAUGAAGCUUUACAAUAUAUUUCUUCUUCUUUUUUUCUAUAGUUUAAUUAAAUUGUUCGGAAAAUGAAAAGUUCGUACAUCUU